AUGCUUUUUUUUCCUUGCUAUGAAGUCAUUAAUGUGCUUCACAUACUCAAUAAUUUACAAAGUAUUAUAUUAAAUAAUUUACUAACUCAAUCAAAACGAAAAGAAUAUACUUUAAAAGAAGUGUCAAAUCAUUAUAGAGAAAAUGAUUGUUGGAUGAUUAUUCGAGAUAUUGUUUAUGAUUUAACAAAUUUUAUAAAAGAACAUCCAGGUGGUCACGAUAUAAUGAUGGAAUAUGCUGGUAGUGAUGCCACAAUGGCAUUUACUGAUAAACCUCAUAGUAAACAUGCUUCUAGACUAUUACAAAAAUAUAUUGUUGGUGAAUUAGUAUUUGAAGAAAGAAUGUAUGAUAAUAUGUCACAAGAACUAACUAUAACAGAACAAGAAUGGUAG